CAUCUCCAUCUCCGGCUCUCUUCCACUCUCUCUGUUUUUCGUACUCUUGAGCCACCAAAAUCACACCAACCAAUUCUAAGACGCAUCACAAAUUCAGAUGGUGAGGAAAUGUAGAGCAGUUGCAGAGAUUGCAGUCAUGGAGGUGGACGUCAGGAGGACUACCAGACCUCCACCUGAUUUGGAGGAUGUACCGCAUUCCUCCACCUCCACUUCCGCUAACAAGAGGCAGAUCACCGCUGGAACUGACUUUCACUUCUCCACCGCCACGACGUCGUUUGUCAAGCUCCCGAGACGGAGACGCCGCCUUGUUUUGCCGCUGGAGAGUUCUCUCCGGCAGCCGAGCACGACGUCGACGGAGGAGAGGAGCUCUACUAGUCCUAUCUCCGAUGUCGAUGCGUCCGCUUUUUGCUGCUCAAGUAAUGGUUGCAGUGAGGUUGUUGAGGAGAGUAGCAAGUUUGUAGAUCUGGAGGAUGAGGAAAAAGAUGAACAUGGAAUCGCGUACAAAUCUAGCAGAGAAAGGAGAGAAACGACUCCGUCUAGCCAUUUCCAAUCAACGAUGUCCGGCGAUAUGGAGUCUCUGGCAAUGAAAACCAAGGCAACUUCCGGCAAUGGAUCUUCGUCGUCGUCAAUGAAGAAGCCAGCGGAAUCGGAGCUGGAAGAAUUCUUCACCGCCGCCGAGAAAAAAAUCCAGAAACGUUUCGCAGAGAAGUAUAAUUACGACAUUGUUGAGGACGUUCCGUUGGAAGGACGUUACGAAUGGAUUCGAUUAAAGCCAUAAAAGAGAAAACAAACUGAAGAACACCAUUGCUGUGAACACUCAUAUUUUAGCUUAAUCCUCCAUAAUUAGUACGUACUAAUCAUCAUUCAAUUCUACCUUUCUUUGUAGUCUUCCUUCUCCUCCUUCUCUCUGCUUGCUUCAAAUUUUGUACAGUUAGCGUUUGCACAAUCAUCGUGUAAAAGUAGAAAGCCAAGUUAAUUUGUUGUUCGUACGAUUGUUCAGAGGGAAGAAAAAAAAAACAAAAAACAAAAAAAAGAAAUUGUAAAUUCGUUAGAGAAUCAGGAAGAGUAGCACAAAAAAAGAUUCUUAGUACGACUCCCAGUCUGAAAAUUCGUCCUGAUUUCAUUUAUUUCUAAUUAAAAUUUGACACAUUAGAAACUCCC